GGGGGGGGAGCGAGCGCGCGAGUGGCUGCUUGAAGCUGCCUCGUAGGAGCGACCUGUUUGCCGCGAUGUCGGGCACCCGGGCGGCUGUGGCAGCUUCCAACGAUCGCGCCUCUCGCCCUGCCGCCGGCGCUGCUCUCGGCGUCGGUUUGAAGCGGCUGCGAAGUGAGCCGGGCGGCAACCGUGUGAUGGUAGUGCUAGGCUCUCAGUGGGGCGACGAAGGGAAAGGGAAAGUGGUGGAUCUCCUGGCCACCGAAGCCGACCUCGUCUGUAGGUGCCAGGGUGGAAAUAAUGCAGGUCAUACUGUCGUUGUUGAUGGGAAGGAAUAUGAUUUUCACCUCUUUCCUAGUGGUAUAAUUAAUCCUAAGGCUGUUUCUUUUAUUGGUAAUGGUGUGGUUAUACACUUACCUGGCUUAUUUGAAGAAGCUGAAAAAAACGAGAAGAAAGGAUUAAAAGGCUGGGAGAAAAGACUUAUAAUAUCAGACAGAGCACAUCUUGUGUUUGAUUUUCACCAAGCAGUUGAUGGUCUUCAGGAAGUACAGCGUCAAGUACAAGAGGGGAAAAACAUUGGCACGACAAAAAAAGGAAUUGGACCAACUUAUUCUUCCAAAGCUGCACGGACAGGACUUCGGAUUUGCGAUCUUCUUUCAGACUUCAGUGAAUUUUCAUUAAGAUUUAAAAAUCUGGCUCACCAGUACAAGUCAAUGUUUCCUUCUUUAGAAGUUGACAUAGAAGGACAACUAAAAAAACUAAAGGGAUAUGCUGAAACAAUAAGACCAAUGGUCCAAGAUGGAGUUUAUUUUAUGUAUGAAGCACUACACGGCCCUCCGAAGAAAAUUCUGGUGGAGGGGGCCAAUGCAGCACUGCUUGACAUUGAUUUUGGCACAUAUCCUUUUGUGACAUCAUCAAACUGCACCGUCGGUGGUGUAUGCACUGGGUUGGGCAUUCCUCCUCAGUAUAUUGGAGAAGUUUAUGGAGUAGUAAAAGCCUACACAACAAGAGUGGGAAUUGGAGCCUUUCCAACUGAACAAAUAAAUGAAAUUGGAGACCUUUUACAGUCACGAGGUCACGAAUGGGGUGUGACUACAGGCAGGAAAAGACGUUGCGGCUGGCUAGACCUUGUCAUUUUGAGAUACGCUCAUAUGAUCAACGGCUUUACUGCUUUGGCAUUGACAAAACUCGAUAUUCUGGAUGUCCUUGAUGAAAUCAAAAUUGGUGUAGCUUACAGGCUAGAUGGGAAAAGAAUUCCAUACUUUCCAGCUAAUCAGGAAAUAUUACAAAAAGUGGAAGUGGAAUAUGAAACAAUGCCAGGUUGGAAAACUGACACAACUAGUGCCAGAAAAUGGGAGGACCUUCCACCUAAGGCACAAAAUUACAUUAGAUUUGUGGAAAACCAUGUUGGUGUGUCAGUUAAAUGGGUUGGAGUCGGAAAAUCAAGAGAAUCAAUGAUCCAGCUCUUUUAAGGGCCCAUAGAAGAGCUGCACUGGGAAAGGGUUCACCUAAUCUUUUCUGAUCCCAGACUAAGAUGAAGAUGCUUUUAAAAUCAAAAUAACCUUCCUAGACUAUGAUUAGAAAAGAGCAUUUUCUCUUAUUUUAAAGUAUUAAAAUGGCUUAGAAACUACAUAAAAAUAAUUGAAGUGAAUUGGUUGAGAAGAAUCUUAAGAUGUAUAUACUACUAAAACUCUCCUGUUUGUCUGUUUGUAAUCUUCAAUUGGGUGAAAUGGUGCCUUGUAGGGCAACCAUUUUUUAAUCAAUGUACUUUAAAUGGACUAACUUAAAGAAUGCAUCCAAAACCCAGAACCCAUUACUCCCAUGGAAUUGAAAUUUGGCAAAACUGUGGCCAUUUCAGUGCCACCACACUGCCAUGGUCAGUCGAAGCUACAUAAUCAUCAUUUCCAAUGCCCCCUGCCAACUUCCCACAAGGAAAGUCAUUAGCAGGUAAUUGGAAGUCACUCACACUCCAACUGCAUUUUUACCUGCACGUGAUCAUUCUGUUUCUCUAGUGGUACAGAAAUAUCUCUGGAACAAUAACCAGAGUGGGUCACAGGCUGUGUACUAACUUUUUAAAAGUGUCAAACUCAUAUGGAAUUAUUUUUUGAAACUGCUAUCAAAAACAAUCUUUCUACCAUAGUAUUCCCAUUGGUAUGUCAGGAAAUGGUGAGAUAUGCAUAUAUGUUAUUGAAAACAAAAUGCCUAAUGGUGCACUGAAAAGAUAGUAGAACUAAGCAACUCCUUUUAAGUCUGGGAGCCAAAGCAGAAUUAUCUUUGAGUCUGCAUUUCUUAUAAAUAAACAUUCUUCAGAUAUCAAAACACAAAGGCAAGGAAAAGAGGUUAUGUCAUAGAAGAAGGAGGCAAGGCCUGAAGUCAUUUGUUGGCAGUGGUCAGACUGGAGUGGAUACAGCUGUUAGAACCUAAGAUAUAGAACUUCCCUUCAUUCAAUAUUUUCUGGUAGUGCUCCAAAUGAAGCCCUCAGAAGUUCUGUACUUUUAGCUCAUUAUGUUAGGCAAGAAAACAAAGAAAAGGCAAGUAAACAAACUUAUAGCAAUGAAAAUGUAUUUUAAAAGACCAUAGCAAAAUAUUAUCUUGCUGUAUAUCACUGUGAAAAUACCACCUGUAACUUCACUUUUUUUUAUUAUGUUCUCAGAUCAUAUUUUUCACUGUUGCUUAUUACUGCUCACUUGGCUUUCAGCAGAAUAUAAUAUUUUUCCAUCACUCUUCAGAGAAGAAGCAAUUCAGAACGUUAGUUUAUCAAAUUCUGGGUAAUAAACUGUUCUGGAACAACCCUUAAAAAUGCAGUUGACUAUUGACAACAAAAUAAGUAACAUAUACAAAGGAAGAGUUCUGGUUGUGGAUCCGGCAGUAUGUCUACAUUUAUACAAUUUCAAAGUAGCAUUCCUGAGAAAUUGGGGCUCACUUUCAAUCUUUUAUGAUGUACCCCUUCAUUUAAAUGGGAAACAUGCAGCAGAGUGCCAAAUGCUGCUCUUUUAAGAUCACUAUUUUCAAUAAAAAAAAGCAGUUGGGAAAUGAAAAAGGGAAAACAUUUUCAGAAAAGAAUAUAGCAUAUGUUGUUUUUUGUUGCAUUUGCUGUUUGCUGAUUUUUAUAGGCCACCCAGACUCAUGCUGUCUGAAUUGGGUGGCAAUAUUAAUGCUAUAAAUAAAUUUAUGACACACUUAGCAUACUUGACUGAAAUUUGAAAAAUUGUCUGUUUGUGUACUGCCACAUCAUAAAUGUCUAUUUUGCUAGUUAGGAGUAGGACCACAAUCAUCAUAGUACUUAAUAGCAGUUCCUAUAUGGAUGCUGGUAUCCUGGGCACUGAUUGCAUAUGCUAAGUGCUUACCAGUCCCAUAGUUAAGAUUUUACAUAAGUGAGUAUAAGUAUUAAAAAGUCUAAAGAGUUUGAGUGAGAACACGUUCCACAUGGCCAAGUGUUCUACUCUGUUUUUCAUUGUAGCUCUCGCAUGUUAGAUAAUGUACAGUAAAAUUAAACUCUUUUGGAAUACUUUCCUGGGAAUGUGGUCUUUUCUUAGAAAUAUAAAAGAUGAUGGAAAUUCUUUUUCAGUAGCAGUUUUGUAUACAGGCAAUCAUUGACUUAUAAGCACAACUGGGACGAUAAUCCUAGUUCGCACAGUCCUGAGCGUAACGGUCAUUAAGAGAGAUGCUCACAUGACUACUUUGCUCAGCGACUGCAAUCCUACCUCUCCUAAUUAUGAUUACUAAGCAACUUUGCAGACCAUUAAGCAGAGCAGCAGAGAUGGGGCCCACUCCACCACGCCCAGGAGACCCAGGCCCUCCCUGCCCCACCAUGCCUGGGUCCACUUUUUUUUUGCUUUUUUCUCUAGCUUCAGGCCUACCAAAUCGAUGCAAGGAGGGGCAUUUCUCCUGAGACUGCCCUGCAUCAUUCUGCAUACAGACCCCAUUCUCAUAAUCUUUGGACGGCUCCAUCUGCAAAUCAUGCACUUUGGGGAAGGAGACUUCCAAACAAUCACUAGAAUGAUCGUGUUUGCUAGCCUUUCUAAGCAUUUCAACCGUCCUAUGGCUAGACAGCUAGCAAAUGCCAUGGUUCUGGAAUUUACAAAUCUCUCUAGUCUUCAGAAUGGAGGCAAAUCCUGGAAAUGGGGUUAGAAAACUAGCAAACGCCAUAGUUCUGAAGGCUAAACAAUUUUCUAGCCUUCAGAACCAAUAGUAUUCGCUAGUUUUUGAAUCAGCAUCCACUGAAAGGCAAAAGUUAAGUCUGUCAGGUUUUCAGGCCGUCAAGAUGCAUUUAUCCUAGUGCUGACAAAGUCAUGAUGUCAUAUUUCAAAUGAUACACAUUAUAUAACUUACAGCAUUUUCAUAGUGAUAUGGCAUGUAUCAUCAUGACUUGUAUUUGAUGUAUAUGCUUGGUCAAUACCUCUGCCUUCCCUUUAUUAGUACGGUCGGGUAUUUUCUAGAGAAAGAAAUCCAUCCUUAAGGCCCAAGAAAAAUAAAGCUCUUUAGGGUGCCACAGAAUUCUUGGUAUUUGUUUCAAUAUAAUGCUCUAAAAUUUCCUAUGUGUUGUUUAAUAAGAAUCCUAUGUGCUUUGCCUUGUCUUUGUAAAAAUACAUUCUCUUGUCUAGGCAAUGUUAACAAGAGGUCAAUGUUUUCUAAAUGACUUUUUAAAAAUGAUUUGGUGCUGCCCUAGAAGGAGCACCAUUAAUCAACUUGCAUUUCAGAUAGAUUUUUAAUCCUGUCAGAAAUUAUUCAAGACUUUCCCUCAACCUACAAUAUCUCUGCACAUCCUAUCUGACCAAAGUUUACCAAAGUGGCCUUUACCCUACAUUACAUAUCCAUAAUACGUUAUCAGUUAUUUGCUCACUACAUUUAAUGAUUUGUUUUCUGUAUCUCUUUAAAAAGUCUAACUUUGUAACUGAAAUGUCUUUACUAUAACUUUUUGUUCAGCAUGACAUUUUUCCACUGCCCAGCUGUGCAUUUUCUCUCAAGUGAGUAUCUGUUGCAUGGAAAGCUAGCUAUAAGAACAUACAGUCCUGCACAUAGGCAGCUUAAUUUCUUUAGCAGCCACAAACCAUUGGUAAAUACUUCCACACAGUUUCCAUCUAUAUGAAUGGGUGCUAUGCAAGAACACUUUGGUAGCUCCCAUUCAUGUCAGUGGAUCUUCCUUCGGCCUCUUAGUUUGCACUUGUUUAAAUCAAUAUUCAUAGAGAAUCUAUUAACUUUGGCAUAUUUUAACAGACAUCUUUGUUCCCAUAAAAUAGCAUCAAAUGAAAUUAAAUAUUUAGUAGUCAGGAUUUGUUAUACUAUAGUUCAUCCUUCAUGAAAAAAUAUAUAUUGUAUUUUGACUGUUUCCUAGGAUACUGAAGCUUCACGUGAAAUUUAGUACAACUUUAGUAUGCUGUUUAAAUGCAAUUGUUAUCUAAAAUACUUUAUGACUCAAUGUGGGGAACAGCAUGAUAAGACACUGAAAAUGUCUUAACUGUACAUCAGGCAAGAAUAGGUCAGGUUUUGAGCCUAAUAUUUUUAUGAUGUGUUGUGCCACACAAUUCCUGAUAUAGCAAGUAUAAACCAGAUGAUUAAAAUGCACUAAAACUGUUCUCUUGAUUAUUUUGUAUCUUGUAAAUGGAGCUGUAUUGAUCUUAUAGCUCUUUAUUUACUCAAUAAAGCCUUAUAAGAAAGUAA